CGUCUGUUGCGUAAAGACGUCAUGACGUCACACGUUGCUAGAAAUAUGAUUGGACGGCGCAUCAAUUGAUUGUGACGUAACAAACGGAACGUAGUUACAGCAAUUGAAAUGUCGCACACUUACAGUGCAGACGAAUAUAUAUGUUGUUAAAAGUUAAUAAGAGACAAUAUACCUGCAAAAUGGAAGGAAACCUGGCAAUUGAUAACCAGCGUGUAGCGAAAAGCACAUUUAAAGAUAUUCUCAUUAGUCCAAACAAUGAUCACAUCAUCAUUCCAAUCAGUGCGACGUUCGACAAAGCCGUAUUACACAUUGGUAUAGGAAACGGAUCAUGUGGUAUAUUUAUAGAGAAGUUUGGUUUGAAGAAUGGCAAGGAGUUGGGAACUUCAGUGAAACAUGCCACCCGAAAGUUCACAAAUGCUCGUAAUCAAAGGAAAAACAAAGGAAAAGACACGAAAGCAAGUAAAAAUGAGGAUAUAAAGACGGUUGUAGAUGAAAGUGGUGAAAAUUUUACGAGAGACUUUCCAAGUAUGACAGAGAUUGAAAGACAGCUGGCUAAGCUAAUCGACCACUUUGUGGUUAAGGCACCGAAGAAAAUCAAAAAUAUUAAAGAUAGAAUAUCAGACACUAAACCUCUGAAAGAAAGCAAAUCUGUAAAUAUCGAAUGCGACAUUGCUGCUACUGAUGAAAGUGUCCAAUCUACGAAAGGAACAGUUUUCACAUCUAACAUCAAAAGUGACUUACGGCGAAAACCAAGGCAUGACAAAGAAAUUGCUGAAAUUACCACACACAGUUUUGAUCAUCAAAACCUGAUUGAGCCAAAUAUGAACAUUCAUUUGUAUAAACGCAAUGAAAAAAGUUUAAAAGCAACGAAGAUAACUUCAUUUGAAGCCAUUGAUAAAGCAUAUGAAAAUGAAAUGUUAGGGAUUGCAAUGGAUAAAGAAGCAGGUGUCUAUAAACCAAAUUGCAUUCGGCCAAUAGGAUUUCCACUUGCAGAUGAUAUGCAUGUAUAUCUGAAUGAAGUAUUCGUAAUCUCAAAACGAUGCUCUCAAAUGUUUGACGAAAUUGUUUCAGCAACUAAAGAGAAGAGACGAAACGACGAACAACUAGAGGAUAUAUCCGGAAGCGGUCCAACAGGUUUAGUUAUAGAUAUAAAUAAAGAUAACACAGUAGCAGACAUAAAUUUAUUUGGAGACGUUCUAGACAAAGACCAAUGUUGUCCAAUUUCAUCUGAUACAAUUGUAGAUAGAGCAGCCGAUAACGACAGUGAUACAUUGGAUCGUAUCAACCCGUAUACGUCUGAAUCAGAUGAUUCAACAAUUAUAGAUAGAGGUGCUGUUGGUGAAAUGUUAUACAGUGACACACUAGAUAUGUUAGAUAUAGAAUCGGAUGAAGAUAUUGUAGACAUCGAAGCAAUAGCUCUUCAAGAACAAGACGAAGUAGAUAUACUAUCACCAAGGAAUGACACUGCUGACAACUCUACUAACGAUAACGGUAUGGUUGACGAUGAUCAUAAACUGUUUGGUGUGAUGGGCAUCUACAUAAAUAGUGAUCUACACUUCGACUUACACAACAUGCCAGACUCAGCCGAGCACUGUGACCAGAAGAAAGACUUGGGAUAUAAAUUCUUUUCAUUUUCAACUUUCUUUAAAUAGGCAAUAAAUAUGAGAAAGAAA